UCUAUAAAAGUGGCAGUCACUAAGAGAAUCAAGUGGAGGAGAGCUUUACAGUUUUAUGUAUUCACAAACGUAUACAUAUACUUCAAUAGAAAGGGUUGAGUGUGGAUUGCAGGACAACACAUAAACCAACCAAUCCCUUUUCAACUGACAGAUGCAAAGGAGCUCUACAAUAGAAAGCAAAAAAUUGAAAUUUCUAAAACAUUACAGUGGUGCUUUUAAAAGUAACUUUAUAACUCAACUGAACGGAUCACACCGAACUGCCUUCCAUCUUGGAUAAAACUAUGUCACCUUUGUGGACUAUACAGAGGCAAGGACAUGUUUUUACACUGGUGCUGCUGUCAUGUGUCAAUGUGGAGGUACUGGGUGGUUGUCCACUGAAGUGCUCUUGUCCAUCCUCAUCCCCCUCGUGUCCUCCUGGUGUCAGUUCGGUUCAGGACGCAUGUGGGUGCUGUCGGGUUUGUGCCAGACAGUUUAACCAAGACUGUAGCCUUACUGAGCCCUGCGACCACAUAAAAGGACUGCGGUGCCACCUAGGGGCCGAAGGAAAACCUGAGAGAGGCUUGUGUAGAGCGGAAGCUCACGGUCGUCCGUGCGAGCUGGAUGGAAGGAUGUAUCAGCACGGUGAGGACUUUCAACCAAACUGCGAGCAUCAGUGCACUUGUGUUGAUGGAGUGGUGGGCUGCAUUCUGCUCUGUCUACACACUGUCUCUCUGCCAGACGGACCCUGUUCCCGCCACCGACUCACAAAGCUUUCUGGCCACUGCUGCCAGGAGUGGGUGUGUGAUGAUGACAAUCGCAUCGCUGAAGAAAAUCUGAUGCCUGACUCGCAUCCACAAGAACACACUGACCUUAAAGGCAACGAGUUGCUUGUAGCUCCGUCUACGUCUUGGGAUAGCAGUGCAGCAGCCCCAUAUCAAGAGUGGAUUUCAUCCUCAAAGUCCCACACGGUCCUUCCAUCUACCUGCUUCCUUCAGGUCACUGAUUGGUCCCCAUGCUCAGCCACCUGUGGAAUGGGCGUAUCCAGCCGUGUAACCAAUAGUAAUGUUGAGUGUCUGCUCAUCAGAGAAACUAGGCUCUGUCAGAUCCGAGAGUGUGACGUCAACUUUGCACCAUCACUAAAGAAUGGAAAGAAGUGUCAAAGGACCACUCGACCGCAGAAAUCUAUGCACAUCACAUUUGCAGGAUGCUUCACUGCUCGCCGUUACCGGCUUCGUUCAUGUGGCUCCUGCUCAGACGGCCGUCUCUGCAUUCCCUCUGUGACACAUACAGUUCGUCUACACUUUUACUGUCCUGGGCUACAACAACAGGACAUUACCCACAAUAUCAUGUGGAUACAGCGAUGUCACUGCAGUUAAAGAAACAACAGAGAAGGCCUGUCAUCACAAGCAGAGUUGAUCAAUCUGCCAAAUGAUAUACACACAUUCACACACUGAUAUUAUUUAAAGAACUUACACAUAUUCAGACUUUUCUAUGGAUCUGCUGUGCACAGUCUGGACACUUUUUACUUCUGCACCCAUCAAUAUAGGCUUUGUAUAACAAUAACAAUAACAAAUACAUUAUUUUAUCUUGUAUGUGGAAGUGACAGAGGAUGUAUGAUCAAAGGACAUUAUAUAUAAGUAAAAUCUUGUUUGGUUUUAUACAAUAAUUUAAAAAAAAAUUUGUUUUCACCAUUUCACACCAUUAUUCAUUACUGGAUGCACUGACAUCACAAUUGUAUUCAUAAAGCCUGAUUCACAGUUUAUACUGUAAAUAUGUAUAAAUCCAACUGUACAUAUCUGA